CCAGUGAAAGGGAAAGUGUUCAGACUCGUUCUAACAACAAGGAGCAGACGUGAAGUCUGAGGCUGCAGUGGUCACCAACCAGUGGAGAGUCUUCACUGUGGAUCCCAGUAAAGCUCUGGACUCACUGGCUGAGGUGUGAGGAGCAUCGACCUGCAGAGCCAGACUGAAGAUGAGUGGUUAUGAGGAGGAAGAGGACAGAGCCGAGUCUCCAGGGUUCAGCUGUGUGUCUCUGAAGAGUAACUGGUCCAAAGAUGAUCCUCCAACCUUCAGUAAUGAACCUGGACCCUCACACACAAAAGGUCAGGACCACAGACUGAGAGCAGAGUCUCCAGGGCCCAGCUGUGUGUCUCUGAAGAGUGACUGGUCCAUGGAACAACCUCCCCUCUUCAGUAAUGAACCUGGACCCUCACACACAGAGGAGAGGAAGAGGAGUCAUGUUUCUGAGGAGGAGCAGUCGUCCUGCUGUGCUUCGUGUCAGGACGUCCUGAAGGAUCCAGUCUCCACCAGCUGUGGACACUGGUUCUGCAGACAGUGCAUCACCUCAUACUGGGACCAGUCUGGUUCUUCAGGAGACUCCUCCUUCUCAGAUAUGGUUCUUUCUUUGCCACUCUGCCUGAAGGCCAGCGUCCCGGAGUCUUCACUGGAGACGUUGACUCUGGCGUUUUGCUUGAACCAUUUAAAGAAGCUUCCAGUUGAGGACCUGUGA